AUGGAAACUGUAAUCAAGGAUAUCAAAGUGGAGGAAGUUCCAAAAUAUGAAAAUCUUCAACUUAAAGAACGCAUUAAAAACAACCCGGACAAAUCAACACUCAAUUUGAACUCAUCGAAUUUAACCGAUCAGGAUAUGGAAAUUGUGGCUGCUGAAUUGGAAAUUAACAAAGCAUUGACCAAGCUGCAAUUAUAUACUAAUCAAAUCGGUGACAUCGGGGCACAACAUCUGGCUGAUGCGCUACGAACGAACAAUGUAAGCUAUUCAUUUAUGUGA